AGAUUCUACUGUAUUUUGUUUUUGUUAGGGUUGAGUUACACUCCGACAAGCAUCAUGUUCUUGAAUGUACCGAGUAUUUCAAAGAUGCAAUGGCAUCCGUUCACAAUUAGCUCGAAUAGUAAUUUGGAAUCCGAUAAAAUAAGUGUGAUUAUUAAAGGAGAAGGAAAAUGGACUAACAAGCUCCAGGAGUUGCUCGCCUCGCCUUCCCCCGUCGAUCGCCUUGAUGUUUCCAUCGAAGGGCCUUACGGACCCGCUUCCACUGAUUUUCUAAGGCACGACCUUUUGGUAAUGGUGAGCGGAGGUAGUGGCGUAACGCCUUUCAUCUCGAUAAUCCGCGAGCUCGUCCACACGACCGAAACAACGAAAUCGAGCACACCCAAUAUUCUACUCAUCACCGCGUUCAAGAACUCCACUGACCUAACAAUGCUAGACCUAAUCCUCCCAAUCUCCGGCGCUUCUUCCGAGAUAUCCCGUCUAGACCUACAAAUCGAAGCCUACAUAACCCGAGAAAAACAACCCGCUACCGAAGAAAAGAAAACGACCCGAACCAUUUGGUUCAAACCCAACCCGUCCGACGCCCCGUUGGCUCCAAUUCUCGGCCCGAACAGCUGGCUCUGGCUAUGUGCAAUAAUCUCGUCCUCUUUCGUCAUCUACCUAAUUUUAAUCGGAAUCUUGACGAGGUACUAUAUAUUCCCGAUCGAUCACAAUACGAAUAAGAUAUAUUCUUCUUCAUGGAGAGCGGUGCUACACAUGCUAUUCCUAUGCAUCUGCAUAGGAAUAACAUCGACCUCCGCGUUUCUUUGGAACAAGAGUGAGAAAUCGAAAGAAACCAUGCAAAUUCAGAAUAUGGAGGGGGCCACGCCCGCGGCCUCGCCGAAUUCUUGGUACUAUAACGCGGAUCGAGAACUCGAGAGCUUACCUCACGAGUCGAUUUCAAAGUCUAUCAACUUGCAUUACGGAGAAAGACCGGACCUUAAAAGGUUUUUAUUCGAUCGAAAGGAGUCGAGCGUUGGGGUUCUCGUUUGCGGGCCGAAGAAAUUGAGGCAUGAAGUUGCAAAUAUAUGUUCAUCUGGCUUGGCCGCUAAUCUGCAUUUUGAGUCCAUCAGCUUCAGUUGGUGAUGUCAUCAUUUCAUAUGUAUAUCUAUACGCACAUACAUACAUAUAUAUACAUAUAUGUAUGUGGACUCAUCAGUGGCUUUGUUCUGUUGAGUUUUCUU